CACUUGGAGAGUUCAUGCAUCCCUGUGAAGAYGAUAUAGUCUGCAAAUGUACAACUGAGGAAAACAAAGUUCCUUAUUUCAACGCCCCGGUGUAUUUGGAAAACAAAGAGCAGAUUGGAAAAGUGGAUGAGAUAUUCGGCCAACUGAGGGACUUUUAUUUUUCGGUCAAACUCUCAGAAAAUAUGAAGGCGUCGUCGUUCAAAAAAAUGCAAAAGUUUUACAUAGAUCCAAUGAAGCUCCUCCCAUURCAAAGAUUCCUGCCUAGGCCCCCAGGAGAAAAGGGGCCACCAAGAGGAGGCAGAGGGGGAGGCAGGGGUGGAGGAAGAGGGGGAGGAAGAGGUGGGGGUCGUGGAGGUAGUUUUCGAGGCAACAGAGGUGGGGGUGGGCGUGGUGGGUUUGGAGGUGGACGUGGUGGAGGCGGCUUCAGAGGAAGAGGAGGAGGAGGAGGUGGUGGUGGAGGGCGUGGAUUCAGAGGUGGGAGAUGAUCAGACUGUGACCUGGUGUGAACUUCGCUUGCUUCAUCUAAAAUGUUGCGCUCUCUGUGAGAUCCUGACCAGAAAGACUCAAAAACUCUGCAUCUACUUGAUAAACUUGUGUUUUUGUUUUUCAUUUUGUAUCAGUUUUGGAUAAGCAAGGAAUUUUAAUUAUCUGUAUUUAAAAGGUUCAYAUGUAUCCUUGUGUAUAACAAGGAGGGAACCUUUUUGUGUCGGAGCAUUGUUAAAUCAGUUCAUCAAAAAGAUGUUUUGUACUGAUUGAGCUAGAAUAUUUGAUUGAUUUUUUUAAAUUACAAAACUCAAUCAAAAACCUCCAAGAAGGUAAGUCAGAGUUUAUUCAGUGGUAGUGUUAAGACCUUUUAUUACUUAAACUGUAAUAUGUCUAUCAAAUAAUGUAUUUUUAUUAAAGGCCUUGAUUAAAAAGUGCUGUUAAACUGA